UAAGGCUAUUUUUAUGCGCUGCCAAUCAUGAAGUAUGGCAGAGAAAGGUGCCUCAAACAAGGAGCAUCCUCUUGCGGGGGUGGUCUUGUGCUUCACGUCCAUUCUACCAGAACAACGGACGGAGUUGGCUACAAUCGCACGCCAGAUGGGAGCGACUCUCAAACUUGACCUAACCUCUGAUGUUACCCAUUUGAUUAUCGGCGAGAUCAACACUGCGAAAUACAAAUUUGUUGCACGAGAACGAGCGGAUGUGACUGUCCUUAAGCCUGAGUGGGUAGAAGCGGUCCGCCAAUCAUGGAUGCAAGGUGAGGAUACAGACGUCCGAGGUUUGGAAGAACAAUACAAAUUCCCGACGUUCGCUGGAUUGUGUAUAUGUAUAACAGGAUUCGAGGAUAUGGCAUUCCGAAACUAUAUCCAAGACACGGCCGUUGUACAUGGAGCCGAAUUUAGAAAAGAUCUCACGAAACAAGUCACCCAUCUUAUCGCACGAGAUACGGAGAGUCAGAAGUACAAGUUUGCAACGCAAUGGAACAUCAAGGUCAUUACUGUGAAAUGGUUCACCGACAGUAUAGAGCGUGGAAUGGUCCUGGAGGAGACAUUGUAUCACCCGCUUGUGCCGGACGACCAGCAGGGUGCGGGGGCCUGGAAUCGUGCACAGCCUACUGCUCGGCAAAAAGAUCCGGGUAACGAGAGUUCGUCGAAUCCUCGCCCUAGAAAGCUGCGCCGCGUUGCAAGUGCCAAAUUGGUAGACCAGAACGAAGGAAUCUGGGGUGAUAUCGUAGGCACAGGUUCCAGAGGAAGUCAACAGAAAGACGACAGUCAGUUUCUCGCCAAACGCGCAUCUAUGGUCCAAGAGGCCAAGUCAUUCGCUAGUGAAACUACUUUUGCGGAAGCCCACGAGCAAGGCAAUGACAAGAUCCAAAAGCCUCGAGAACAAUCCUCUGAAGCGACCAGUCACCGUGAUGGCUUUUUGGACGGUUGUUAUUUCUUCAUCCAUGGAUUCUCUUCAAAACAGCAUCUGAUUAAGUUACAGAUGAAUGUCCUCCGUCAACACCUUUCGUUCAAUGGAGCCCAGUUGGUCGGCUCAUUGAGCGAAUUCUCGCGGCCGGACAUUCCUAAGAGAGGCCAUGGUCUCUACACGAUUGUCCCCUACAAAAUGCCUCGAGCCCAGGUUCCCUCCACAGAUGAUCUAGCAUUCGAAUGUGAAAUUGUAACCGAUAUGUGGUUAGAAAGAUGCCUUGAUGCCAAGGCUCUAGUACCCCCAGAAUCACACAUAGCAAACACACCAAUUCCUCGAUUACCUAUCCCUGGGCUCGACGGUAUGAAAAUCUGCUCUACAGGAGUCUCUCGUAUAGAUCUUCUACAUUUAUCGAAACUUGUAAGUCUGAUUGGGGCAACCUAUAAUGAGUACCUGACGCCAACUGCAUCUGUUUUAUUAUGUAAUGAUACUGGUUCUGCAAAUCAAGAAAAGCUACGGCAUACGUAUGAAUGGAACGUUCCCGCAGUCACCGUCGAUUGGCUGUGGAUCACCAUUCAGAAAGCACAAAAGCAGCCAUUCGAGCCAUUUCUGAUUCGCAAGCCAAUUUCACAAAGCAGUCGAGACCCGGAAAAGCGAGCUGGCUCUCGCCCGGAUCAGAAGGAACAGUCUCAGGACCCUAAAAAACGUAACAACGCAACCAAGUCUCAGCCCUACCCAGAUCACCCCCCAACGAACAAGCUCAUUCGACAAACAUCAAAAGAAACAGACAAAGUCCCUUGGCGCCAUUCAACACCCCUACAGGAGAAGUCUGAAAUCCCACAAAAAGAACCCACCAUACAGGAAUCCCCCACAAAAGAACCAAGCCAACAACACACGACAUACAUAUCACCAAGAAAGCGCACAGCUUCAGAACGAGCCACAGAUCCAACCUCCCUAUCAGCAAUCGAGACUACGCUGAGCGGAUUCCUCCAGCAGGCACGAGCAGCAAACUCGCGAUCCACAUCAGACGCAGGAGAGAACGGUGACCGCCCCCGUUCAAGACGCAGAAAACCUCUUCUUGGAAGAGCGCCAUCUCAUGCCUCUGUCCGCUCUACCGAACAUAAAGGCUUCUCUCGCGCUAGUUCAAUCGACACCCUAAACGAAGACGGGUGCGGAAGCGCAAUAGACAGCGUCAACACAGACGGGAUACCAUCCCUCGUCAACAGCGGAAGAUUCGAUUUCCUCGAAGGAGACCGUAUUAAUGAAGACGAGGAGUCUGAAACGCCGCCUCCAAUGACGCAAUUGAACUACGAAGAUCCGGAUGCUGUUGCAAUGCGCGAGAAAUUUCUCAAUCAGGCCGGUAAACUCGUCCAAAAAAAGUCUGCUAACCAGGAUUUAAUUGUGGGUGAAGUUAAGGAACUCGAAAAUGUGGGUUGGGGGUCUGGACGGAGAACGAGAAAUGCAGGCAAGGUUGCGGAGGAUAAUACUUUUUAG